CUUUGCACUAAAUUUAAAAUUAGUUCUUGGUUGACUUUUUGAUUGUAUGGUUGCUCUGCUGCUCUGUACAGUUUUUGACUCAAAUUCACAUAGUAAAUAAUAAAUAUAACAACAACAACAACAACAAAAACAACAACAAUACGGAGAAUAAUAUCACAACACAUUUUCAUAACAACUCAUUGAAGCAGACGGAACAAUUGUAAAUCAAAUAAAAAAAAAAAUAAACAAACAGAAUAAAAAAAGAAUUAGAAGAAAAACAUUGAAGAAAAUCAAAAAAAUUUUUGGAGUAAUUAAAGAAAAAUCGAAUUCAUCAGUGAUUGGUGAACAGAACCUGUUCGAUAUCGAGAUAAUAUAACGUAAAUGCCAAUCGGAACGCGUUGCGUGCAAUCAACCGGAUAAGCAAAAUAAUACCGAACCGAAAGAGACAAUUUAUUGUUUUUAUUUAUAUAUAUAAAUAAUUUUAUCAUCAAAAAUGAAUUGUGAUAACAAUAAUCUGCAAACCACACAAAGUAUAGCUGAUUACUUGGCUCAACUACUUAAGGACAGAAAGCAGCUUGCUGCUUUUCCAACAGUAUUCAAUCAUGUGGAACGUUUACUAGAUGAAGAAAUCGCCAAAGUUAGAGCAUCGCUAUUUCAAAUAAAUGGUGUUAAAAAGGAACCAUUGAAGCUACCUGAACCAGAUGGAACUCCAGUUACUUUAAACGAAAAAGUUUAUGUGCCAGUUAGAGAACACCCAGAUUUUAAUUUUGUCGGACGAAUUCUCGGCCCAAGAGGUAUGACAGCCAAACAGCUAGAACAGGAAACCGGCUGUAAAAUUAUGGUCAGAGGCAAAGGAUCAAUGCGGGAUAAGAAAAAGGAGGACGCAAAUCGCGGAAAGCCAAAUUGGGAACAUCUAUCCGAUGAAUUACAUGUUCUAAUCACCGUUGAAGAUACGGAAAAUCGUGCGCAUAUCAAGCUAGAACGUGCCGUCGAAGAAGUUAAAAAGCUCUUGGUACCCCAAGCUGAAGGUGAAGACGAGCUCAAGAAAAGACAGCUAAUGGAAUUGGCUAUAAUUAACGGUACUUACAGAGACUCAAGUACGAAAAUAUCAACAACAGAUUCACAUAUUUUGGCAUGUGAAGAAGAAUGGCGACGUUUGGCACAAUCGGCUGCCGAAUCGCGUUUAUUGUCGCCAGGCAUGCAGGGUAUUACAGCUCAACAGUUACGUUCGCAAACCACUCCACUUGGAGCGCCAUUAAUUUUAUCGCCCCGCAUGUCAGUGCCAACAACUGCAGCCAGUCUCUUAUCCGCAUCAGCGCCACCAACAAUAGAGCAUCCAGGAUUAAUUUAUGCCACACCGUACGGAGAUUACACAAACUAUGCAGCAUUGACUGGAAAUCCUCUAUUAACGGAAUAUGCAGAUCAUAGCGUUGGUCGCUACUUGCAUGCUGGUUCAGUGUUUUAGAAAAAUUAAGUCCCUGGCCUUCUUCUAAUUUUAUUUGACAAAACUUAUCAUUUUUACUUUGAUUGUAUUACGAGUAGUAUUAAUGAAAGUUUCCUUUCAAAUAUUAUAAUUGUAAAAUUAAAUCAACACUUAUAUUGUUGAUAUUGUUGUUGUAAAAUAGAACGUUUUAUUAUAAAUUUGAUAGUAAAGAUUUGAGCAAAAGAAAAACGAAGAGAUAAAAUGCAGUGAAAAUUCGAGAUGGUAAUUGGAAUUCCGUUUCCUUUGUUAUUGAAAUAUUGACAUUGAAAACCAAAAUAAAAAAAAAAUAAAAAAAAAUAAUCAAAAUCCAAUAUGACACGGCAUCCAAAAGAUGAUCGAGAAUAACAACCGUAUGCGUAUACGAACACUCAUUACUACAGUUGACACAAAGUUACACUUGAUAGUUACCAACACAAGCAUGCAAUUCAAUGCAAUUCAAAUGCGAAUUCAGUCAAUUUCCGUUGUAUUUCACUAGCAUAAUUCAAAAUGCAACAAUAUUUAAAUGAAACAAAUAGUAAUGUGUAGUUUUUUUUCUCUCUUAAAAUAAUAUAUAUCGUUUGUUCGUAAGUUUGUAUGAAUGCCGUGGCCAUUGUUUUAUCCAUCGUUCAUUUAUUGUUCCUUGCUCGGUUUCAUAGACACAUACUCAAUAUACUAUUUUAGUUUUUAGUUUGAUAUUUAUUGACAUACAUACACGUUCAGUGCAAAACUAAUUUUCAAAAUGAAAGAUAAAAAACGAAAGAAAAGAGAAAAAAAAAACAUUGAAUGCCAUGCGGUGAAAAGACAUCGGCUCAUGUGGCCAAAAAUAAACCGAUUACAGUGAUUACCUGUCGGCGCAGUGCUUACGAACAACAGUUUGUAGUUAAACAUUUUUAAAAAACAAGCUAAAAUGAAGUCGCUGUAGGAAUAAUUGAUUUCCAAUGCUAUUCGAAAAAAUCAGAUAUUUCACAGUUUUGUUAUUGCAUUCUCUUGAAUUUAAAUUUAUGUGAAAUUUUGAAUAUGAUUAAAAAUCGAUACAAAUGUUUCGAUCAAUCAAUAAAAAAGAUAAACAUUUUUUAUCACAUGAUUCCUAUGUUUAAGUAUUUAUUAGAGAAAAAAAUUUAUAAUAUAUUUGCUUUUGAUAUCGUUAUGAAUAUGUCUCGUAUAAUUUUCUCCUGGAGGCAAAUUAUAUCGAUCGUUCUUGUUUGAUAGAAAAUUGAAAGAAAACAGAUACCAUACAAACACAGCCACAAUGACAGUAACAUGUAAAAGCAGUCCGUCCACUAAACUAGUCAUUUUCAGUUUGCGUUACAAAAUGUAUAUGAACAAAAAAAAAAACAAUUAUGAUUCAAUUUUCAUUUGUUCUUCUCGUUUGAAACAUAUAUAUAUAACAGUUUUUUCUUUGUAUUUGUUUCUUUCAUUUUUGAAAGAGAAAUGUGUUUUUGCACAAUAAUAAUCUAAUAUUGAAGAAAAUAAACAGCAACGGACAGUAUUCUUCAAAAGUUUACCUUCUUUUCAUUUGGAUGAAGAACGCGUAAAAUGCAAUAUGACCGAUAAUUAUAAUUUCUAAAAACUAGUUACUAAAUUUAACCGAAACAAAUUUAGUUACAUUAUGAUUAAUGACUUCAAGUCGAGGUUCAUACGUACCAUUCGUGGUAUAUUGAAUAAAAGCCAAAUAAGUCUGAUGAAUCAUUAAAGGAAACAUUAGUUAAAUAUUGAGAUACGAUGGCAGAAGGACGACGUCAAAAUUAACUAUCUAUUCUAGAAUGUGGAAAUUACAUCACACGCAAACUGGUCACAUUCUCAGUGCCAUACAUGUACGCCUAACAGUUCCUUAAUUAUGCCACAGCAUAGACUCAUCAUGUCUGAAUUAAACUCAUCAAUCUGAUCAAAAAAAAACAAAGUUAUGUUUUAAGAAUUCGUAUACGCAAAACUACUGCUGCCCGAUACGUGUUUUCGAAUUUGGUGUUUGUCGAUUGUUUUUUUUUUUUUUAAUUGGCAUAAAAUCAAUUAGAAUUUAAAUAGCUUUUUUCUGUUAUUGUCGUUGUCGUUGUGACUUUAUUAAAUUGAACCAUAGUAUUUCGAAAAUUUGUCCUUUUAAAAAUGAAGAUCACCGGUGACUCCAAAAGUGAGCAAUAAAAUUUACUCAUCCUUUGGACGAACUAUCAUUCAUAACGUGACAGUGGAAAAAAUACGAAAUAAAAGAAAAUCAGAGAGCAAAUUAUUAGCUAAUUUAUAAAUAUUAACCGAUUGUUCAAGUAUUCUGCAUAAAAAAAAAUGAGAUUUGAUGCAGAGCAUUCGAACAAACGGUCACUUAAUUUACAUUUAUACAAUUUUAUAUUGAUAAUAAUUUUUUUUUUAUAUAUAUACACAAAGAAAAAAAAAUAUUUUUUAUUAAAAUUAUAUAUUAUUUUUC